GGAGAUGCGAUAACUUUUAUCCUAGCGGGGAAUAUAAUAUACAAAAUACAGUAGUGUACACAUUCCAUCUGGAAAAAAGUAGAGAACAGCUCACGCAAGGAAAGCAGCCCACCCAGCUAAUUCCUUGACUACAGUGCAAAACAUGAUAAUUAUAAUGAUUCUUGAUAGAUAUAAUUGACUCGAAGAAGAAGCAAGGCACCAAGUGUUUGACGAAAUUCCCAAGAGAAAAACAAACCCCACAUGCCAUGUCAUUGUGUGGCGGCCUAGAAUGUGUUUUUGCAGUAGGCUGCGUGCGUUGGCUCUGGAAAAGAUGCACAUAUGUCGGAGCUUACGACAGUGCCACGUGGCCUAAUGCUGAAGUUGACGACUUCUCCGCCGUGCCACGUCUUUGCCGGACGAUUUUAGCAAUCUAUGAAGAAGAUAUUCACAGCCCCAAGGUCCGUGAGUAUGGCCUAAACCCUGACUGUGUUAUUAAGAGAGCUGAUUAUCAACAUACUUUAGGCCAAUGCCCACCUUAUCUUAUUUAUGUUGAUCAUGUUCAUCGAGAAAUUGUGCUUGCUAUACGAGGCCUUAAUUUGGCUAAACAGACUGAUUAUAAAGUCUUGCUUGAUAAUCGCCUUGGGAAACAAAUGUUUGAUGGUGGGUAUGUGCAUAAUGGUUUGUUGAAGUCCGCUAUUUGGUUGUUGAAUCAAGAAUCCCAUAGGUUGAAGAAUUUGUGGCUUGAGAAUGGAAAGGAGUAUGAUAUUGUUUUUGUCGGGCAUUCUUUAGGCUCUGGUAUAGCUGCAUUGAUCACUGUUAUUGCCGUGAAUCAUAGGGAUCAUCUUGGGGGGAUUCCAAGGAGUAAGAUUAGGUGUUACUCUAUUGCCCCAGCUCGGAGUAUGUCGCUCAAUUUGGCUGUUAAGUAUGCGGAUGUUAUUCAUUCUGUGGUGUUGCAGGAUGAUUUCUUACCGCGAACACCCACUCCAUUGGAAGAUAUAUUUGGAUCAAUCUUUUGCUUGCCAUGCCUAUUAUUUCUGAUUUGCUUGAGGGACACUUUUAUACCGGAACAUACAAAACUCAAAGAUCCUAGGAGACUCUAUGCUCCUGGACGAAUGUAUCAUAUUGUAGAGAGAAAAUUUUGCAGAUGUGGGAGGUAUCCUCCAGAGGUUAGAACUGCAAUCCCAGUUGAAGGAAGAUUUGAGCAUAUUGUUUUGUCAUGCAAUACAACGAAAGAUCAUGCAAUUAUUUGGAUAGAGCGAGAGGCGGCAAAAGCUUUAGAAGUGAUGAACGAGAGCUGCUCCGAGACCACAACAACUGCACCAAAGCCACAAAAGAUAGAAAGGUUACGCACAUUUGAAAAAGAACACAAAGAUGCGUUGGACAGAGCAGCUAGUUUGAGCAUACCUCAUGCUGUGAGCAGCACAGAAGAGGAACAAACCAUACACAAGAAAGAUGGAUGCACAACAGGAGAUGAAGAUACAGAAAUUUCUCAACAUGUGACCGAGGAAUCCCAGAAAACUACAUCAGAAUCUUCUGGAGGAAGAGUGAACUGGAAUGAAGUUGUUGGAAUGCUUUUCGACAGGGAUGAAUCCGGAAACCUGUUGUUGAAACAAGAUACACUUACUCGUAUCUGAUCAUCAGCAAAUCGGACUACUGAAGGCAUCAUCUUUUAUUCAUACUCCAUUCUUUGAGUGCAUCGAAAUAUAUAUUCGUUAAUAGUAUUCUUUGUGUUGUAACUUGUAAGACAUGUACCAGCCUUUUUCUUGUUUGCUUAAACCUAUAUACACUUUUCUGUCAAGUGUUGAGGAGAGUCAAGUAAGCGGUUUGGGUUUUCAUUAAGGUGAGGAAUUAUAAAUUAGACUUUCAUAUGCAUCUCAGAUUGUAGCUAUGUGAUAUAUUCAUUUUCGUGGUGUCGUGGUAAGCAUUUCAGCUGUUAUCAAUAGAGCGAGGAUUCGACAAUGAUAA